AUGAGUUUGGAAGCUUUGUCAUUUGAUGAGUACAAACCGUACAUUACUGAAGAAUUGAUUGAGAGAGGACAUGCCAGACGUAUGGGCCAUUUACAAGAUUAUUUUGCAAUUAUACAAAGACAAAAGCUUUACAAUAAUUUCAAUAUUUAUUGUGAGCUAAAUGAGAAAGUCAAUAAAGUUCAAUUGAGCCAUGCUUUUAGAGAAAUGUUUUUGCAAUAUCCAGCUUUAAUUGAAUAUAUUGUACCAAAAUUUUAUCCAAAGCACGAAGCAUAUUAUAGAAGUGAAGAAUAUUUGAGCAAACCUUGUCCAAUUCAUGAUUACAUUAGAGUUCUUAACGAAGUUAACAUCAAUGAUAUUAUUAUGAAUGAACAAGAUGAAUACAAGUCAAUUACUACUAAAAUAAGUGAUAUUUUUGUAAAAAACGAUUAUAAAUUUUCAAAUGAAAUUUCAGAAAUGGUAAGCACAAUUAAAAUCGCUAUCUGUGAUCCUAAGAAACCUAACUGGAGAAUCAUUUGUUUACCAUCUAAAACUAGUUCUACAGAGUGGAAAGAUUUUAUUCUUGUCUCGAACCAUUUUGAUAGUGACGGUACUAGUGCUGUUAAUUUUUUUGAAGAUUUAACUAAUAUUUUAAGCAAACAAGCUAAUGUGGAAAAUGAUACUAUCGUCAUUGGAAAUGAUAUUAACAUUAUCAAUUAUUCCAAGGAUUAUAAGUUAAUUAGCAAAUUACCUAUUCCGAUUACUGAAAGAAUUAGUUAUACACCAACAUUGUCUUCUAUUCCAAAGUUUAUUGUCGGGAAUAUUUGUAAAACUAAAUUGCAAUACACUUCUGAUGGAGGUGAUACUCCUGCUGAGUUUGUGUCGGAAGAUCCAUUAACUUAUGAUUACUUGAUCAAUUUUUCCAGUGAGGAAGUUGCUAAAAUGAAGAAGACAAUAAAGAAUUGUUUGUAUAAUUCAGUUACAUUGACUCCAUUUAUCCAAGCAUGUUUCUUUGUUGCCAUGUAUAAAUACAACAAAAUUUUAAAUUUAAAUAACUGGUGGCAAUGGGGUGUUGAUUGUGCACUGGCUACCAAUGCUAGAAGAUUAUUGCCUGACGAUCCUGAAACCAGGGAUUUGUAUAGAUACGGUUCUAAUGUUGGUGGUACACACUAUUUCAAUUUAAUUUCUCAAUUCAAUAUCAAUGAAUUUGAAUACGAUAAAUUCUUCAAAUUGGUUGACUACUACCAUAAGAAUUAUCAAAAUUCCUACCGCAAUGGAGACGAAUUAGUUGGUUUUGGUGUCUUAUUCAGUGAUUUGAUCAUUAAUAACACUAAUAUGGAUAAAACAAUCAAAGAUGAUUACACUAACCAUAAACGUGGAGGUUUGUUGUUUAGUAACGUUGGCUAUCGUAAUGAAGAUUUGACUAAGAAAGUUCAUGUUAAUAAUAUUAUUUUUUCACAAUCGCCUGGAUGUAUGAAAUUUACAUUUGGAUUAAAUUUGAUCUCGACAGACAAGUGUGGUAUGAAUAUCUUAAUGAAUGGUGUUAGAGGGAGUGUUAAGUCAAGAGAAAACUUUGAAGAUUUCUGUAGAUUUUUCAGAAAGACUGUUGAAAACUUCGCAAAGUUAUAG